GCACCAUCUUCUUAAGACGUGUCGGUUACAGAAACAAGGUCAGCAAUUAGACCCAAAUCGCAGAUAAUAAAAUCUCUUCCGAAAGAAACGAGCUUUCCUCAUCAUCCUUUGUUUUCUUUUUCCCUUGUGGGCAAAAUCCCUUUGGCCGAGUGCGAGGAAGAGGCCAAAGCAAGAAAAGAAGGUGCUGCGUCGUUUUGCUGAGCUUCAGACUAAGGCAAUCGCUUUCUCCCCCAUCGUCGGCAGGUUAACAAGAUUCCUCGUGAAGAACAAGGAUACGUAUACAUUUUUAAUGAACAGAUAAAUAGUGUAUGGCUAUGUUUGGGAAAAAACAAGGACAGAGGGUUGAGGCAGGAGGUUAAGGAAGAGAGUGAAUGGUGGGUGAUGGGUUUCCUAAGAAUUCUGCAGUAACAAGUUUCAUGCUUGCCUGAUAGGAGUAUGUCAUGGGUAUCUUCUGGAUUACAUCAGUUCUCUCCCAUUAAUAUCUUCCUUCUCCCCAUUUUGGGCUUCGCACCCAUCCGUAUUCUAACCAAUGUUCCAUAAAUACCAAAGUGGAGAAGAAAGUGUGAAACCAUACCAUUAUACUUAAAGCGCCCCCGAGUCCAAGGAGAGAGAAAAAGUCCCAGUCCCAGGAAUGGGAAAGUUUCAUGCUUAGCCGAUUCUUCCAUUGUGAUUCCGAGUAUAAAACAAAAGGGUCGCCGUAAUUCCGAAUAAUCCUUUGGGUUUGUUCCGAGACAGAGAGAAAAGAAAAACUUUUUUCUUUUUGGUUUGUCCUGCAAAACUCGAGGGGGUGGGAUCGAAAAUGAUGAAGGAGGUGGGGAUAAUAGGAGGACUGGUGGGAGUACAGUGCGUUUACGGGGUGAUGACGAUGCUGCUGAAUCAGUUGAUGUCUCUGCAAUUCGACCCUCUCACCAUUGUUGUCUUCUGCACUUUCGCCGCUUUUCUUAUUCUCACGCCUCUCUCUCUUCUCCUUGAAAGGAAACUGUGGCCCAGAAGUCUGAGUUUGAAGUUGGUGACCAAGUUGGUUUUGCUUGCCGUCACUGGGGUGACACUGUUCCAGAGCAUGUACCUGGAGGGAAUGAAACACACUUCUGCAUCAAUGGCGACAGCGAUGCCCAACCUUUGUCCCGCUUUCAUUUUUAUCAUCGCCUGGUGUUUUGGGAUGGAGAAAGUGAAGCUAAGUUGUGUAUACAGCAGAGUGAAGAUAGGAGGAACAGUGCUGUGUGUGAUGGGAGCCUUUGUCAUGAGCUUAAUGCACAGCACUUCUUCUUCUUCAUCAUCAUCUUCCCCAACUUUCGACAAGGACAAAGUCUUCGGUUGCAUCCUCCUCCUCGUCGGUGUCCUCGUCCUUUCCUCUAAUCUCGUCCUUCAGGCAUCGAUAUUAAGAGAGUUUCCAGCGCCAAUGUCACUGUUCUCGGUGGUGUCAUUCAUUGGAACGAUCAGCACGGCGGCUGUAGUGUUAAUCCAACAUGGCAACCUAAACAUUGGGGGUUCAGCCACAGGGCUAGGCACUCUCAUCGGCUGUGCUCUUCUGGGAGGGAUAGUGAGCGGAGGGAGCUUGAGCUUCAAUGGAUGGGUGAUAAAGAAGAAGGGACCAGUUCUGGUGUCAAUGUUCAGUCCCAUAGCCACUGUUGUCUGUGUCCUUGUCUCCUCCCUUUGCUUGGGAGAGCCUUUCAGCGUUGGAAGCUUUGUGGGGAUGGGGUUGAUGUUCGGAGGACUGUAUUUCGUGCUGUGGGCUAAAGGGCCUUGA